CCACGCUGAGUGUGAGAGAGCAGAGCAGAGGAGAGGAUAAGUGGGGCCUGUGGUGUAAGAGCGGCUCCCACAGUCAACUGACUGAGAGACUCUGAGGAAGAAGGAGCGACACAGACACGGACAGACAGACACACACACACACACAGAGGCCAUGGCCGGCAAGGCGCAAGAGGAUGAAUUUGACCAAGUUGAUAAACCUGGUGCUGAGCGAUCUCGGAGAAGACGAACUGAAAACGAUGAUUGGGAGAGUGAUCUUGAAGAUGACCUACUUAGUGAUGAUUGGGGAUUAAGCAAAAAGAACCAAUCUGAUUUAUCGGACGAAGAACUUGAUGAUAACCUUCUGCAGAGUGAUGAAGAACCAAAUGAAAGUUAUGAAGGUGAAUAUGUUGAAUUCAAUGCCUCGGCAUCUUUAGAACUGUCCAAAAGUAUUGACAAAGGUACAGAAGAGCUAUUUGAAUAUGCAGAGCAAGACCCAUAUGAUCAGAAUACGGCCCUUGAAGAUGUAGAGGACGCACCAGGGGGAGAAGAAUUGGAAGGUUACUCUCAGGAUGACUAUACUGAAGAAGGUGUGCAGUAUGAAGGCGAUGAGGCAGUGGAGGACCAAGUGGAUUACACGGGAGAGCAGGGUGAAGACGAGAUGUACAAUGAUGAAGUGCUAGACCUUGAAAUCAAUGACCCUCUAGAUGAUGAAUUUCAAGAAGAAGAGUAUACAUAUUCCACAUCCCAGGAUGCAGCAGAACAACUUCAACCUGAGGUCAAUGAGGAAUACGAACAUGAGAACAUUGCUAUGGAUUCACAAGAACCGGUUCCAGAGCUUGUUAAUGAACCCAUCGAGGUGGUAAACCAAAUAUGUGAAGCAAAAACAGAAACAAAGGAAGUGUCUGAUGAUGAGGAUGAAGAUGAUGAAGAAUCUGGACGAAUCCGUUUCAAAACCGAACGCAAAGAAGGGACAGUUAUUCGAUUAACAGAUGCAGCCAGAAAAAGGAGAAACAUUCCCGAUACAUUGGAACUUUCUGAUGAAGCUAAGGCAGCACUACGCGAGUUUGAGGAGAUGGAACGUCAACGAAAACAGGGAAGAAGAGGGAGACGAGGAGGAGGUCCAGGUAAUUUUGGAUUUUGUGAUCCAAGGAAAGAUGGUGGAGGAAGAAGAAGAGACCAGCGACCACCUUUGAUGCAGAUGCCGCUAUCACUACAGAAUCCCCACCCGAUGAUGAAUUUUUCAGAUUAUACCCCUGGUAGAGGUUCUUUUCAACAACAACAACAACGACGACAGCCGCCACCUUUAAUGGGAAAUCCUAGGCAGCCUCCCCCAUCUCAAUUUCCCAUUCGCCCCCAGCAGGGGCAGCAGCAGCAGCAGCAACAACAUCAUCCACCACAGCAACAUCCACCACCACAGCAGCAACAACAUCACCAGCAGCAUCAGCAACAAAAUUCAGAAACUUCUACUUUGAAUCAAACAGGGCCGCCAACGCAACAAUCCAAAAACAUCCAUAUAAACCCUCAUUUCCGAGGCCCAGUGGUGUCCCCAGUGCAAGUGCCCUUGAUGCCUACGCCAAGCCAGCCCAGGCCUGCUGUGGGUCCCCAGAGGUUCCUUAGUCCUCCAGAAUUUCAGCCACCUAUUCCAGUUCCUGGUAACUUUAACCAGCCACCCAGGCUACCCCUUCAGGAGCCUUGGAGAGGACCACACCCUCAAGACAGAGAACCCUUCUUCAUGGGCGAACCACGAUUUCAAGGACAACAUAUGUUUCAGCAGCGCAGUCCUCCUCCCCCGCUUAUGAACAAUCAUCCCAUGCCUCUCCAACCUCCCAUGGUGUACAACCAUCCAGGGCCAGGCUUUAACCAGCAACAACAACAUUUAUUUCCAAGGGAAGCUCCAGUAAGGACUAGCCUGCAGCCCCAAGGGCCUAUGGGUAUGCCUCCUUUUAACCAGCCUGGUCCAUUGAAUCCCAGACCAUUCAUUCCUCCAAGACAUCAGUUUCCACAAGGCCCUGGACAGCCGUUCCCGCCGUCAGCUCUCCUUCAACCAAAUAUGCAGCCCCCCAUGCCGAUGCAGCCGCCGCCACCGCACAAUCACUGCUCUCCCCAGCCAAUCAUUCCUAAUGCUCCACAACAAUUCAGGCCUCAUUUACAGAUGCCUCUGAUAACUGUGAAUGAUAAUCGACUGCAGCAUCCUCAGCGGCAAAGUGGUAUGAAGUUAAGACACAUUUUCCAGAGUUUUGAGUUUUCUUUAUCUCACCUACUGAAUUACACGCUGCCUAAUGUGCCUGGGCAACAAAACCUGAAUAAGCUACCAAAUCAGUUCCAAGCUUCUCAGCGAAACAGCAACCUGCGAGAAUUGCCUGUUGCUCCUCAUAACGCUGGUGUGAGACAGCACCGACCGAUGUCAGCUCCUCCUGCCCAGCCUUUAUCUACUUCCUGGGCAAAACCCAUCACCCCAACUCAAGCAGCUCCCCGAAUGAAACAGAUGGGACAGACUGCUCAAAUUGCACCCAGUGUCAACGCGCCCCAGAAGCCCCCACAACCGAAAUACACAAAACAGAAAUCACAGGACCCUGUGGCAGCAGAGUUAUCGGAUGAAGAUGAGGAAACCAGGAUAUAUCGUUUGAAAAUUGAGGAACAGAAAAGACUUCGAGAAGAAAUUCUGAGACAGAAGGAACUCCGACGGCAGCAGCAGGCUGGAGCUCGCAAGAAGGAACUGCUGGAAAGACUUGCACAGCAACAGCAGCAGCAGCAGCAGCGGCAGCAGCAACAACAGCAGCAGCAGCAGCAGUGUUCUGUACAGCCCCCACUACAACACCAUCCAGCAAACGCACCACAGAUUUUCCAGAACUGUAACCCAUCUACACCACAGGCUGCAAGCCCUGCGCAGCCAAGCAUAAAGACCAGACUAUUUUCGAAGAAACUUGGUGUAGGUGUAGGACUGCAACUGCAACCAAAUAAAAUCCAAGAGGUUGGAAAUAUUCUUCACCUCCAGACAGAAAUGAGAAAGAACAUUGUUAACCAAAUCAAACAGAUCAGACCUUCUCCCCCAAACCAGUCUCAAGGACCGGCACAAUCUAAACCCGUUGGUACACCAGGCCCAAGUGUGUUGCCUGGGAAGAUGGGUGUUUCCACAGUCAAUCAACUCGAGUUAAAACCUGGAGUGAAAAGGACUGUGAUGCAAAGAAUGAAUAGCGGAGGAGGAGGAGGAGGGGGUGAUGGGCCUCACAUCAAUCCCAAAAUAAGGGUCCUUAAGCUACCAGUUAUGCAGGAGAGUGAGAACACCGUCUUCUCUCAUCCCGAACCCCAACCGCAGCGGCAGCAGCAGCAGCAGCAGCAGCAACUCAAACAGCAGCCUGUUCGGAAGGUCACAUUGGUUAAGGGAGCCCGACUGCAGCAGCAGCAGCAGCAGCAACAACAGCAACAACGUCAGCAUCCCGUGCCACAACUGCUGGGAAUGAUGAAGAACUCAGUCAACCAACAGCAGAACAGGGUCAUUAUGCAGGGGCGAGGCAUCGCAUUACCAGGCCAGAUGGGCAGAGGACGAAUGAUGCAACAUAAACAGAACCUGCGAGUGGUGGAAUGCAGACCUCAGCCAUGUGUAGUGUCAAUUGAAGGGCUUUCUUCUUCAACAACUGAUUUCCAAUUGAAAAAUCUGCUGAUGUCUGUUGGACCGAUUCAGGACUUCAAGAUGAUUCGAGAGCAGCGAAAAGCCAUUGCAAAAUUUAAGGAACCCGCACAUGCGUCCGCAUUUCAACAGAAGUUUCACAGGCACAUGAUAGAUCUGUCCCAUAUCAAUGUCGCACUGAUCAUGGAUGAAUGAAUGCUCUCCCGAAUGAAAACCAAGCUUGAUACUAGUCCAGAAGUACAGAUCAAGUCAGUUGGAGCUGUGAAAUGGCUGUAUUAGAUACAGAGAAUAAUAUCUAGCCAAUCGGUAUGUCAUUAGAUUGGUGGAACCAAAGGAGUUGGCCCCACCUGGUCCACUACAGGAUGACUGACUGACGUAUGUGAAGCUACUGGAGAAGAUUGUGUUUAUACUGUUGUUUCUACAUGUUAUGGUACUGUUUGUUGUCACCAAAUGGAACAAAGCCUUUGACAAAAAUACACGCGUGUGGAUUCAAAAUACCACAAAAGAUUGGCUUAGCUGUAAACAGUGACUGAACCAGGCACUGUACAAGUAAGACUGCUACCUACCUACCAAACGUAAUAGAAGACCUUAACUGUGAAUAGCACUAGAUAAUGGUUGCUGCAGUCUUCGCUCCUUGCAAGAUCAGAUAAAAACUUUAAACGCACUGUAGCUUCUUUUAAGACCACUUGUACCUCUGAUGUGACUAAUUUAAUAGCAUUGCUUUGAUCAUCUAAAGUUAGUAAGGUUAGUCUUUUUCUUUCCCCUCCCCUCACUUUAAACUGAAGAAUUCAGAAUUGCAUUAAGAAAUGCAUGCAGAUGACGAUGUCUGGAGUUUCAGGCACUAUUAAAAUUGUUCUUACACUUUGUUACUCUUUUGAAAGUUGCUGAAACAUGAGAUUUAUGAUAUAGGUGGAGACGUGUGGGGCGAGGGAGGGGGAGAGAGGAUUUUAACGUGGAUCCCACCUGGUAGCCUAUAGAUGAGGUUUUCCUUUAGCUUGUUAUAAUAGUGAACCUCAUUGUGGAAACAAAAAUGGAAAACCAAUAAAAAAAACUCCUCUGUCCACGAGAAACAUGCAUCUUAAUUUUUCCCACGCGAGACAUUCACAAUAACAUUUGCAUACUCCGAUGGUUGAACGUACUGCCAUUCAGGUUCUCUCUGAUUGCUUUCGUUCAGCGAAAUCCGGCCUACAGUGAAGCUACCACAACAGGUGCUUCACGAAUAGGUGAACAUAAAGUUUGAACGUGAUGGGUUUCAGUCUAAACAGAUCGAAUCUAUUGGGGGGAAAUAUCAAGUUUAAAGAUUAAACUUUUGUGGUAAAUAUCCAAAAUACCUGAUAAUCACUUUGAAAGUCUCAUUGUUAUUAUGUUACAUAAGCUGCAGAGAACAGGGCCAAUAAAUUACACACGUUGGGUUGAAAGCAGAUGCAAAUACAUAGGUUGCAUUGAGACUGCUUGAGCUGUAGUAGAUUAAGAUUACGUUACUUAGCUUAGGCUAAUCAGCAGUUGGGCUGUCCUGUAUGUUACAGAUCAAGAGAAAAUGUUUAAAUUAAGGAGUACAAUACUGGACUAUAAUUGGAUCCUAGGAAGCUAGAUCCAGACACUGCCUGAUAUUCAAUCUGAAAUAUUUGAUUUCAUCUUGAACAAUUAUAAUCUGGGUCCUUUUUUUAAAAACGCAAAUGAAACUGGUGGAUUUUACUUUCAUUCUACUCAAUUGUUGGUUGAUUGAUUUUUUUUUUUUGCCACCAAACUGAUCCUCCUUCAUAACAUUUCCCAAACUUAGUCUCUGGUCCUGAUUUGCUGGUGAAUUAUUUCAACAGCUUGAAUUUCAACACUAGUUUGCUCAAACGAAGUGGGAUUUGACUUCCAACUCAAGGCAAUGAGGAGUUAAAAUAUAGUUGAGGUGCCACAGCGUAUUUUUUUUUAAAAAACUAGGACAGGGUUGUGUGUGCUGGUUAGACUUUUUAAAAAGUAUACAUUUCAAAAAUAUAGGUUGCUAGUGUAGCUAGGAACACUUUUUUUUUACUUAUUGCGAAGAAUGCAAACUAGAAUUUUGAGUUAUGAAGUUCAGGUGAUGUUUUUAUAUCAUCAGAAUGGCCCAAUCUUUCUUUGCAGGCAGAAUUGUAGACUACAGUUAGAUCAGUGUUUUCCUAUAAUAGCCAGUAAUCAAAUUAGUAUUUAGCUUGAGACAUGUUGUGGUAGAAUUGAUGCUAAAUGUGUCUUGAACUUGAAUUACGAGGAGCGAGAGAUAUGGUACUAAGAUUCAAGAAAGUAUUCACUAAAGAGUUUUAUCUGAUAGGAAAAAUCUAAUGGAUGGCAAUGAACAGGAAAACAGUGCUUGAAAAUCAUUGAUCCGCUGUCACAGAUUUUGCAGAUGAAUCAUUUGGUUGCAUCAGCUUUGUAGAUCAGUGACUUUUUUUAAAAUAACGAUAAAAUGGAUCAGUGUUUGUUGUAAUCUGGUAUUCCUCUGAUCUGCGGCUGCAAAUUCAAUUCCUUGCAUUGUAACAUCAUAACACCAGAACUGUUCACGAACGAUACAGAUGCUAGAUGAUAGAAGGUUAAAACUGAUGGAAUAUCUUGCGGGUAGGAUAAAGAUUUACGUCAGUUAUAUGAUUGGGUUAAACUGAGGUUUGGUGCAAAUUGGUUUUUUGCAUUGGACCGCGAGUUGGUGCAAUGACAAAUUCAUCACACGAGUGUUAAUUGUACUAUAAUCGGUCCCGUAAACUUCUGUUUGAAGACGUGCAGUAGAUUCAUUUAGCAUGCCAUCGGUUGGGAAGUUUAUAAAGAUUGACUUGCACACAAUAAGGUAGUCUGUGCUACCAAUCGAUACAUGAGGGCAGUUUGACAAGAUCACGAUUACAUAUCCGCAGAUUAAACUGUUAAACUGUACUAAGAUUGGAAAUGGGUUACCACUAAAUUGAGGCUUUCUUAAGUUUUUAUUUCAAUACUGAAUCUCUUAAGUAUAUCUUGGCAGUGAUGGCUUUUAUCUCCAGAUUUGGUACAUUUUUGGUACAUUUUUGACCGACUUAAAGAAAAGUCUAAUACCACAGUGAGGAUAUACGUGUGAGGGUGUAUAUAAUGUGUAUAGUAGCUUCUCUCUCUAUGUAUAUAUAUAUUAUAUAUAAUAGCCGUGUAAUUUCAAAUGACAUUAUGAAGAGCCGUUUUCUCGAGUCCACUGGUUUUGUGUGGAAGUCAUUUGUUAAUAUACAGAGACUAAGUAACAUGGGCUAUGCUUAUGCUGCCAAAGGGAGGGAAUGAAGGCAGAGUCAUGUCCAUCAAAAAUCUAGGUGUGAAAUAAUUUUAGUUCUGUAGGGGAAGAUUUGCUGCAACCAUCAUCAGAGGUGUUCACUGAACAAUACCAGGUUUCACUUAAAAGUGCAAAGAAGCAUUUGUAAAGCAACACGCAAAUAGAACUCAAAUGCUCCCGUCAUCACCCGUGAUGUCCAUUUCAUUUUUAGACUGUGUUAGCCGAUAGUUACUGAAAUGGCCUGUGUUUUUCCAAUGUAUUUUACUUCGAGGUUUAUUGGAUGAAAUGAUUGUUGAACUGAAACGAUGCGUCCAAUGUAUUAAUGCGUUUUUAUAAAGAUCACCGUUCUUCCA